AUGCAUAUGGGGAAAUGUUUAAAAAAUGGUGCAGGUUUUGAUUUAAACCUCUACAACACUGUCGUGCAAUCAACACCGACCCAGAACAUAUUUCUGUCACCAGCCAGUAUUUCACUUGCACUCGGUAUGACAGCAGCCGGAGCCGGUGGCAGCACACUCAAACAAAUGUUAACUGUUUUAAAUGUAAAAACACUUGAUGAACUAAGCAAACGUUCCACUCAAAUAUCAGCCUUCAUAACAUCAGCUACUGAUGAUGAAAAGAUGAAAAUAAAAGUGGCAAAUCGUUUGUAUAUACAAAAAAAGUUCAGUGUUAAACAAAAUUAUAUGGACUUAUUGCAAAGUACAUACAUGUCAAGCAUCGAGCGAGUUGAUUUUGAAACCAAUCCAAGUGCAACUGUAAACUUAAUUAAUUCAUGGGUUGAAAGUCAAACAAAUAAUAUGAUUAAAGAUUUACUGUCAUCAGAUGAUGUUAACAGUGGCACACGUUUAAUUCUUGUAAAUUGUAUUUAUUUUAAAGGUCAAUGGGUAAAAUCAUUCAAUGCUGAUGAAACAACUAAGGACAAUCAGUUUUAUCUUGAAGAUGGUACAACCAUACCGGACUAUACGCUGAUGGUUCAAAAACAAAAAUUUAAUUAUGUUGAUGCAACAAAUGAAUUAAAUGCUCGAAUCUUGCAUAUUCCCUAUCAGAAUAGUAAAAAUGACAUGAAUUUUGUAUUUACAAUAAUAUUACCAAAUGAAAAUGAGAAAUUGGCUAAUGUUGAAUCAAAAUUAUUGAAUGAUAAAACACUGAAACAACUGAACAAAAAUCAAGAAAAAACAGUAGUCAAAUUAUAUCUGCCUAAAUUUAAAAUGGAUUAUGAACUGAGUGUGAAAGAAACCUUGAAUAAAUUAGGUAUCCAGGAUGCAUUUGAUGGUAACCGAGCGGAUUUUAGUGGGAUAACGGGAGAUCAAUCAUUGUUUCUUAGUGAUAUUAAACAUAAAGCUAGAAUUGAAGUUACGGAAUUAGGAACAGAAGCAGCUGCUGCUACGGCAGCUAUAAUUAUGAUGAAAGCAGCUAUCCAACGACCACAGCUGAUUGAAUUUCGAUGUGACCGACCGUUUCUGUUCAUGAUUCGAGAACAAAAUUCUGAUAUUACAUUGUUCCAGGGAAGAUUUAUGAAACCAGUAGCAGCCGAAUAA